GGGAGCUAAUAAAGAGUGAAUGUGCCGCCGCCGCCCGGGCAGCGCGAGUCCGUCGGAGCGCCCCGCAGCAGUGCGCCCGGAGGCGGCGCGGGCAGGCGGCCCGCCCCGUCCCGCCCUCCCGCCUCGGUCUCCCUUCCUCCGGCGGGUCCCACAGCCCGGCUCGGUCCGGCCCCUCGGCCCCCAUGCCGCACUCUCGCCCCUCCGCCGAGUCCCACUCCGCACCUAGGGCGCCCCUCACUGCCAUGGGUUAGGGCGGGGGCCGGGCCGCGCCGAGGAGCAGCGCUGUGCACCCGCCGGGGCGCGGAGCCCGAUCGCCUCGCCGCUCGCCGCCCGCCGCCCGCGGGCGCCGGCAUGGGGAGCGCGGCUUGAGCCCGCAGGCGAGAGGACGCGGGAGCCGGGAGCGGGCGCCGGAGGAGGCGGAGGCGAGGAGCGGCGGAUGGGAAGGACCCGAGGGAGGGCGCGGCGCGAGGGUGGGGAAGCGAGGGAAAAGUGAAGCUGGGAGGAGAAGGCGGCGGAAGGUGGGGAUUGAUGCUUCUGUGUUUUGUUGCCGCUGCUGCCCUCGCGCUGGGAGCCGAGCCGGAGGGAAGGCGGUGGAGAGAUGAUUGCAGAGUUGGUGAGCAGCGCUCUGGGGCUCGCCUUGUAUCUCAACACCCUGAGUGCGGAUUUCUGCUACGAUGACAGCCGUGCUAUCAAAACUAAUCAGGACCUCCUCCGAGAAACUCCAUGGACCCACAUUUUCUACAAUGAUUUUUGGGGGACGCUUCUCACACACAGUGGCAGCCACAAGUCCUACCGGCCGCUCUGCACUCUUUCCUUUCGCCUGAACCAUGCCAUCGGAGGCUUGAACCCCUGGAGCUACCAUCUCGUCAACGUCCUGUUGCAUGCGGCGGUUACCGGUCUCUUCACUAGCUUCUCCAAGAUCCUCUUUGGCGACGGAUACUGGACCUUCAUGGCCGGCCUGAUGUUUGCUUCCCACCCCAUCCACACAGAGGCGGUGGCAGGAAUCGUGGGCCGGGCUGAUGUCGGGGCUGGUCUGUUCUUUCUCCUCUCCUUGCUGUGCUACAUUAAACACUGUUCUACAAGAGGCUAUUCAGCCAGGACCUGGGGCUGGUUCCUGGGGACAGGACUGUGUGCAGGGUGCAGCAUGUUGUGGAAAGAACAAGGAGUGACUGUUCUCGCAGUCUCAGCAGUUUAUGAUGUCUUUGUCUUUCACAGACUGAAAAUGAAGCAGAUCAUACCCACCAUUUACAAAAGGAAGAACUUCUCUCUUUUUCUCAGCAUUAGCUUGUUAACUUUCUGGGGGACCUCGCUUUUGGGUGCCCGGUUAUACUGGAUGGGAAACAAACCACCAAGCUUUUCCAACUCUGACAACCCAGCUGCAGAUUCAGAUAGCCUCCUGGCUCGCACGCUCACCUUCUUCUACUUGCCAACCAAGAACCUCUGGUUGCUGCUCUGCCCGGACACCCUCAGUUUUGACUGGUCCAUGGAUGCUGUGCCUCUGCUGAAAACAAUCUGUGAUUGGAGAAACCUACACACUGUGGCCUUCUAUACUGGACUCCUCCUCCUUGCCUACUACGGGUUGAAGAGCCCAAGCGUAGAUAGAGAAUGCAAUGGGAAAGCUGUCACGAAUGGCAAGCAGAAUGCAAAUGGACAUAGCUGCCAUUCAGAGGCGGAGUACCGGAACUCAGAAAUUAAGCCCAGCUUUGCCUCCAAAGCAGAAAAUGGCAUUAAAAAGAAUGUAUCACAGACAACACAGCUUCCUUCUACAGAGAACAUUGUUGUUCUGUCUUUAUCUUUGUUGAUAAUCCCCUUUAUUCCUGCUACGAACUUGUUUUUCUAUGUUGGCUUUGUAAUUGCAGAGCGAGUAUUAUAUAUUCCUAGUAUGGGCUUCUGCCUCCUGAUUACAGUGGGUGCCAGAGCCCUUUACGUCAAAGUCCAAAAGCGGUUUCUCAAGAGCUUGAUUUUUUAUGCUACAGCUAUGUUAAUUGUUUUCUAUGGACUCAAGACUGCGAUCAGGAAUGGAGAUUGGCAGAACGAGGAAAUGCUGUACAGAUCAGGGAUAAAAGUAAACCCAGCUAAAGCAUGGGGUAACCUCGGAAAUGUUCUGAAGAGUCAGAGCAAAAUUUCUGAAGCUGAAAGCGCCUAUCGAAACGCUUUGUACUACCGCAGCAACAUGGCUGACAUGCUUUAUAAUUUAGGGCUGCUUCUCCAGGAGAACAGCAGGUUUGCCGAAGCCCUCCAUUAUUAUAAACUGGCCAUCGGGAGCAGGCCCACCCUGGCUUCUGCGUAUUUAAAUACUGGCAUUAUUCUCAUGAACCAAGGAAAGACAGAAGAAGCCCGGCGGACGUUCCUGAAGUGUUCUGAGAUUCCGGAUGAGAACCUGAAGGACCCGCAUGCACACAAGAGCUCUGUCACCAGCUGCCUGUACAAUCUGGGAAAACUCUAUCAUGAGCAGGGGCACUAUGAGGAAGCCCUGACUGUGUAUAAGGAAGCAAUUCAGAAAAUGCCCAGACAGUUUGCUCCACAGAGCUUGUACAACAUGAUGGGUGAAGCGUAUAUGCGAUUAAGCAAGCUCCCCGAAGCAGAGCAUUGGUACAUGGAGUCCCUGAGAUCCAAGACAGACCACAUCCCCGCUCAUCUCACCUAUGGGAAACUGCUGGCUCUCACGGGUCGUAAGAGCGAGGCUGAGAAGUUCUUCUUGAAGGCCAUUGACUUGGAUCCCACCAAAGGAAACUGCUACAUGCAUUAUGGUCAGUUUCUUCUGGAAGAAGCUCGCCUCUUAGAAGCAGCUGAGAUGGCCAAAAAAGCCGCUGAGCUAGACAGUACCGAGUUCGAUGUUGUCUUCAAUGCUGCCCACAUGCUCAGACAAGCUAGCCUCAACGAAGCCGCUGAAAAGUAUUACGACCUGGCAGCGAAGCUCAGGCCUAACUACCCAGCUGCUCUCAUGAACCUGGGAGCCAUCCUGCAUCUCAAUGGUCGACUCCAGAAGGCCGAGGCCAACUACCUGCGGGCCCUGCAGCUCAAGCCAGAUGACGUCAUCACGCAGUCCAAUCUUCGCAAACUGUGGAACAUCAUGGAAAAGCAAGGCUUAAAGACUUCCAAGACCUGACAUAGGAGGACAAAACCCUCAUCCUCCUCCACUUAAUAAAGCUGGCUUCAUGAACAGAAAAAAACUUUCUAGCAGUGCUAUGCUAAGAGCUCGUUUUUACUUCACAACCCAGGCAGAGACCAUUGAGGUCACUGAAUCCACUUUGCUGUUGGCACAGCCAUUAACACCAAAAAAGGGGAACAUUGGAAACCUCCAGGAGGAUGUAAUUGUUACCCACAGACUGCAAACCAGAGCACUUAAAUGGAAUCUUUUGGCAUUCUUAAAAGGGAGAGGGGCAUCUAAAUUACACAUUUUGUUCAUUUGUUUGAAAGCUAACUUCGAAACUAUAAUGUCCUUAAACACUGUGAGAGGAAGUCAGUGUCCACUCAGCCACAGUAGACUGUUGAGGUUAAGUGUUAAUAGGGAUAAAUGAGAACGGCGUAAUACCCAGUGAGCCACUGGUUGUCCUAAUGCUGCUGUCUUCCCUCUCUGGGACAGCCUGCUUAUCAAUUUCUCAAGCUUAGAAAAUGUUUGUUUGUUUGUUUGUUUGUUUGUUUGUUUGUUGCACAUUGUGCCAGCAUCUAGCAGCAUCUGUACUUGUUUCUCAACUGGUGCACAUGAUGUUUUAUGCAUUGAAUGUCACCACUUUCACACUUUCAAACUUCACUUGCUGAUCUUGCUCUGAAAAGGAUAUGGAGAAAAGAGCUAACACACUUCACAAUGGUGUUGGAAGCGGGGCUGGACAGGCCUUAUGUUCAUCUGGUAGGCAUGUUUUUUUAAUGUUGUCAGCGUUUGUCCACAAGCCGCCUAGCAGAAUUCAUUGUAUUAAUUCUUUUGAAAUUACUUUUUAAAAUGGCUAUUCUUGGCAAAGCUGCACCUUUAGUGUUCCAGUUCAGAUAACUCACCAGUCAUGUUUAAAGAAGGUAUGUUUCCCUGAUUUUAAAAAAAAUCAAGGCGAAGGGAAGGAAUAUAUGAUCAAGAUUGCCACAAAUUUUGUGUUUGCAAAGAGUUGGAGUGAAAUCCUAACCAGAUUCUACUAGGCACCUGAACAGCAGUGCAAAUAAAUUACUUUCAUCUCUUUUUGCUCUUCAUCAAAGAUGUCAAAAAUAACUUCUUUUAACCUGCAAUAAAAUAUAUAGGAUUAGCCUGUAUGUGACUGGAUUUUUCUGCCAAGUUGAAAAACUGUUUUUCACUAGUAAAUUGGAUAUUUUCUUUCAUUAUUUGUUAUUAGUCACUUCAGUGAUCUUUCAUAAGAAAAAAGACCAUAUAAAAGAUUGAGAGAAAAAAUAUAUAUUGAACAUUUUUGGCUUGCAGGCAAACUUUACUGCUAAAAAUUAAUCUCAUAAAACACCGGCCCAUGUCUAAUUCUUCAUAGAGAAAUUAGCUGUACUAUAUCCUAUUUAUUUAUUUAUUAUUCUACCAUAGCAGAGUAACAAUGAAUUUGAUUCAUUGAGCCAGUUCUUUGCAACUGAAAGUUAACUUUUUCUCCUUCCCUUUCACACUCCAUGUAUAUAUGAUCACUGUUUCCAUUAAAGGGAAGCUGGACAUGCAAAUACAUUAUGUUAUGUUUUUCCAUUCUAUAUGUUUAUAUAUCUGAAUACAGUGGGAUAAAGAAUUUAGAGUAGUAUUGCUAUGGCAUUAGUGUCUUCGUGAGAAGGGCAGUGUAGCAAGAUGGUUUUUUGAUGGAUUAAUAUGAAGGCCCUCUUAUAUUAUGUAUAUUAUUUUGUAAACAUUUCACUGAAGGGCCAGGAGUUAAAUUAUAACUAAAUUACUGUGUGUUCAGAAUGAUAUUUAACAAUUAACAACAACAAACCCGUUGGUCAGACCAGGACAGUGGGUUGAAGUAUAUUUUUCAUCUUCUAGUGCAUUGGCAAUUGCAAAGAAAAAAAGGAUUUAAUAUAAGGCUAUAAAAAUAAAGUCAAGUGUCUAACAUUUUAUUUAUUAAAUAGUUAUGACUUAUGAUGGCUUCCUAGUCUUAACAUUUUAUGUCUUUUUAUUGUAUUGUUCUUAUUUCUGACAUUUGUUUCUUAAUGAAUUCACUCAGUGCACAGUAGAGGUACUUCAUGUGACUCGGUUCCCAAGUACCAUCAGU